AUGACGUCGACGGCCCUCGGACUCUUGGCCAUCAACCUCCGCGAUCGGUUGCGCCUUUCACCGAGCGCGGUGGGCAAUUACGUCGGCUGCUUUGUCUACGCCCGAGGCGACUACCUCGACCCAGCAGACGUGCGUGCAUCGUACCACGACAAGACGGCGCCGCAAGUGAAAAUGUCGUCGGAGCCGUUUCCGACGAGCCUCUUCAGUCCCGGCCACUUUUCAGUGAUGACCAAUUGGUGUUCGUUCUACCACCACCUCGUGCUGGACGGAAAUGCGACGCCGACAGCGCAUAUGCCGGUCAUCGUUCGCGGAGUGCUUCGGUUUGAUGCGACAGGGAUCUUGUACCACCGAUCGCCGAGCGACGUGCGUCUCGUGACGCGCUCAGCGUCGACGCCGGUAUCGACGCCGUCGUUCUUGCAGCUCGUGUCGACGUCGUAA